CAGGGAGCUUGCGGACGCUGUCGCAGGGGAGGAUCCUGAGCUGCCGAAGCCGCUGUCCUGCUGUCCCGCGCGGGCUCAUUUAAUUCUAUUUGUUUUUUAGAUUCGUUCGGGCUUAGCAGCCCUAGGAGCCCGAAAUUCGGGCUGGGCGUUACCGCGGCCUGGGCCUAGCGUCUUUAACAGUAGCAACAGCGGCGGCGGCGGCGGCGGCAGUAGAAGACAAUUGUUCCCGAAAACGAGCCUCACAGGAGCCCGAAAGCCCGCUCAGGCGUUUGGAGAAAAUGGCAGACGAUAUUGAUAUUGAAGCAAUGCUUGAGGCUCCUUACAAGAAGGAUGAGAACAAGUUGAGCAGUGCUAAUGGCCAUGAAGAACGUAGCAAAAAGAGGAAAAAAAGCAAGAGCAGAAGUCGUAGUCAUGAGAGGAAGAGAAGCAAAAGUAAGGAACGGAAACGAAGUAGAGAUAGAGAAAGGAAAAAGAGCAAAAGCCGUGAAAGGAAGCGAAGUAGAAGCAAAGAAAGGAGGCGGAGUCGCUCAAGAAGUCGAGAUCGCAGAUUCAGAGGCCGCUACAGAAGUCCUUACUCCGGACCAAAAUUUAACAGUGCCAUCCGAGGAAAGAUUGGGUUGCCUCAUAGCAUCAAAUUAAGCAGACGACGUUCCCGAAGCAAAAGUCCAUUCAGAAAAGACAAGAGCCCUGUCAGGGAACCUAUUGAUAAUUUAACUCCUGAAGAAAGAGAUGCCAGGACAGUUUUCUGCAUGCAGCUGGCAGCAAGAAUUCGGCCAAGGGAUUUGGAAGAAUUUUUCUCUACAGUUGGAAAGGUUCGUGAUGUGAGGAUGAUUUCGGAUAGAAAUUCAAGACGUUCCAAAGGAAUUGCUUAUGUGGAGUUUGUUGAUGUCAGUUCAGUGCCUCUAGCUAUAGGAUUAACUGGCCAGCGUGUCUUAGGUGUGCCAAUCAUCGUACAAGCAUCACAGGCAGAAAAAAACAGAGCUGCAGCAAUGGCAAACAAUCUACAAAAGGGAAGUGCUGGACCUAUGAGGCUCUAUGUGGGCUCCUUACACUUUAACAUAACUGAAGAUAUGCUUCGAGGGAUCUUUGAGCCUUUUGGAAGAAUCGAAAGUAUUCAGCUCAUGAUGGAUAGUGAAACUGGUCGAUCCAAGGGAUACGGAUUUAUUACGUUGGUACCUGCAAAGAAAAAGCCCUUUGGGCAAUUCUCUUUUGUUAUAGAUUUGCAAACAAGACUUUCCCAGCAGACAGAAGCUUCAGCUUUAGCUGCAGCUGCUUCUGUUCAACCACUUGCAACACAGUGUUUCCAACUGUCUAACAUGUUUAACCCUCAAACCGAAGAAGAAGUUGGAUGGGAUACAGAGAUUAAGGAUGAUGUUAUUGAAGAAUGUAAUAAACAUGGUGGAGUUAUUCAUAUUUAUGUUGACAAAAAUUCAGCUCAGGGCAAUGUGUAUGUGAAGUGUCCAUCAAUUGCUGCAGCUAUAGCUGCUGUCAAUGCAUUACAUGGCAGGUGGUUCGCUGGUAAAAUGAUAACAGCAGCCUAUGUACCUCUUCCGACGUAUCACAACCUCUUUCCAGAUUCUAUGACAGCAACACAACUACUGGUUCCAAGUAGACGAUGAAGGAACAUAGUCCCUUAUGUACAUAGCUUUUUUUCUUUCUUGAGAAUUCAUCUUGAGUUAUCUUUUAUUUAGAUAAAAAUAAAGAGGCAAGGGUCUACUGUCAUUUGUAUACAAUUCCUGUUAUCUUGAAAAAAUAAAAAUGUUAACAGGAAUACAGUGUGCUCAUUCUCCCUAACUAGUAAAUACCACUGUAAACAAAGCUGUUUUCUUGUUCUGCCUUUUAAAUGUAUAUUUACAAAAACUACAUUAAGUAUCUAUAGGAAUAGCUCUAGGGGAACAAAUGUGCUUUCUAUAAAAAGGCAGACAAGGGAUGUUAAGUUUUUAAUGUUUCAGAACCCUAACUUUUUACAUGGCAGUUAGAUUUCAGUAAUGUUAUAUUUGGCUACUGGCUUAGAUAAGGUUUCUGGAAUAUAUCUAGAGUGAAUUUUACAGACAGCUAAAGGGCUGUUAACAUCUCAUUGUGCAUUCUGGUCAAUUGGUAAGAAAGGGAGAUUUUGAAAUCUUAUUCCUUGAUGGCAACUUUUCAGUUAAUGUAUGUGUAAAAUUUAUUUGUAAAUAUUAUGUAUUCUGGUGUGUGAGAUUCCAAACAAAAUGAUCCCUGCAUUUCCUUUGAUGUUCACUGACAAGUCUGGUAAGCAAAGCAGUCCGAGCAGGAAAUAGGAAAUGCAGAAAUAGGUUUUGUCUGGUUGCAUAUAAUCUUUGCUCUUUUUAAGCUCUGUGAGCUCUGAAAUAUAUUUUUGGGUUAUUUCAGUGUGUUUGACAAGACAGCUUGAUAUUUCUUAUCAGAACAAUGACUUUCAUAUUGCAACAACCUUUGUAAGAACCACUCAAAUAAAAUUCUCUUAAAAAGGC